UCUGUCGUGGCAUCUGGAGGUGAGUGGUUGUUCGUGGCCUUAGCACAGGACUAUAAUCCGCUGAUUUUCUUACCGAAAAGGUAGCAUCGAACGUCAGAGUUAACCAGUAGUCUCGCCAUAAAUUCACCAUGGGUAAGGAGAAGGUACAUAUUAAUAUUGUGGUGAUCGGACACGUCGACUCUGGCAAGUCCACAACCACUGGUCAUUUAAUUUACAAAUGCGGUGGUAUUGACAAACGUACAAUCGAGAAAUUCGAAAAGGAAGCGCAAGAGAUGGGUAAAGGAUCUUUCAAAUAUGCGUGGGUAUUGGACAAGUUGAAGGCUGAACGUGAACGUGGUAUCACUAUUGAUAUUGCCUUGUGGAAAUUUGAAACCUCUAAAUACUAUGUUACUAUUAUUGAUGCUCCUGGACACAGAGAUUUCAUCAAAAACAUGAUUACUGGUACUUCACAGGCUGAUUGUGCCGUAUUAAUUGUUGCCGCUGGUACCGGUGAAUUCGAAGCCGGUAUUUCUAAAAAUGGACAAACCCGUGAGCAUGCUCUGCUCGCAUUUACUCUUGGUGUAAAACAACUAAUUGUUGGUGUUAACAAGAUGGACUCUACCGAACCACCCUACUCCGAAGCCCGAUUCGAAGAAAUCAAGAAAGAAGUAUCGUCCUACAUUAAAAAAAUUGGUUACAACCCUGCUGCCGUUGCAUUUGUUCCAAUUUCCGGUUGGCACGGAGAUAACAUGUUGGAAGUUUCUUCCAAAAUGCCUUGGUUCAAGGGAUGGACCGUCGAACGUAAAGAGAAUAAAGCGGAAGGAAAAUGCCUGAUCGAAGCGCUUGAUGCCAUCCUUCCGCCUACAAGACCUACGGAUAAGGCACUUCGUCUUCCACUACAGGACGUAUACAAAAUUGGUGGUAUCGGAACAGUACCGGUUGGUCGUGUCGAGACUGGUGUACUAAAACCAGGAAUGAUCGUUACAUUCGCUCCUACGGCUCUGACCACUGAAGUUAAGUCUGUUGAAAUGCACCACGAAGCAUUGCAAGAGGCUGUUCCUGGUGACAACGUUGGUUUCAAUGUUAAAAACGUACCUGUAAAAGAUUUGCGUCGUGGUUUCGUAGCCGGAGACUCUAAGAACAAUCCGCCUAAAGGUGCUGAGAAUUUCACUGCACAGGUAAUUGUGCUGAACCAUCCGGGUCAAAUCAGCAAUGGAUAUACUCCAGUGUUGGAUUGCCACACUGCUCAUAUCGCGUGUAAAUUCGCUGAAAUUCGAGAGAAGUGUGACCGUCGUACUGGAAAAACCACCGAAGAGAAUCCGAAAGCUAUUAAAUCUGGAGACGCUGCCAUUGUUGUGCUCGUUCCGAGCAAGCCCAUGUGCGUUGAGGCUUUCCAAGAAUUUCCACCUUUAGGACGUUUUGCUGUUCGUGACAUGCGUCAAACUGUGGCUGUCGGUGUCAUCAAGGCUGUCAAUUUCAAGGAUGCUACUGGCAAAGUCACCAGGGCUGCCGAGAGGGCCCAGAGAAGGAAAUAACUAGUUUCCGUACACGUGUAUCGCCAGAUGAUCGUCGGCGUAUAGUAGCUGAAGUAGUUGACCUUCUUUUUUCACGUUUUUCGCGCGAGGACAGCGUUAUGUUUUUAUUGCCUUCGCAAACUACAAUAUUUUCUACAAACUCGCAACCAAUGAACAAGAAUAACAGAAUUGAUAAGGAAUCGCGACGACUGGCUUUUCAUGUGCGUGAAAUUUCACAUUCGCCACAUUUUUUCGACAUUCGCGUAUUUCGUUUAUCAAAGUGGUUGCUUCGACAUUUCUCUCAUCGUAAAGAAUUCCGUAGGAAAGGUCAGUUGACCAAACGAUGCGAGGAACAAGCAACCUCUAUUUUCGUUUCCACGAAUUCCGUGAAAAAAGAAAGUAAACUACAAGAACUACUUUUAACAUCUGUUUCACAACAACAUCAACAGACUUCAUAAUUUAGCUCGGCUUAAUUAUAUUUUCUAAUUAUACGGAAAUAAAUCCUAUAUCUGCGA